CUGUCCCAAUUCGCGCACAUUGUUUUUAACGUAUUAAGCCGACGAAAUGGAAGAAAAGGUUCAGCCAAAAUUCGUAUUGCCGUCUCCAAAAUUCGAUAAGCCCAAUGGAGCUAACAAGGCCUCUCACCUCUACCUGACCCCCAGUGGGAUGACCCUUUUGCCCAGGGCAAAACAACCGCCCCCCAUGUACGGCGCACGAGGACCAACGGUGCCCCCAAAAUAUCUUAUCCAGGAGCAAAUAAAAUCGCAAAAUAGCUGUGCCAGUGUACCAGAAACCCCGCCAAUUUACAACUCACCUCCACGAUCGGAGUUCUGCCACACGUGCUCCAUGGAGUUAUCGAAUUCCCAGGACAUGAAACGCCACCUGGAGCAACACGAGUCCUGUCCCGCAGAUAACUGCGAUUUUGCUGCCCUGCACAACAUACUGGAAAGGCACAUAGAAGGCAAUCACAUCACAGGGGCCUACAAAAAAGUAAAGAAAGUAUGGACGGAGGAAGAACUGGCCGCUUGGAAGUCGGAAAGGAGAAAAAGAUUUCCCACUGCGGCAAACGUUGAGCUGGCCAAAUUAGCCAAGGAACAAAGAAUAAAGCGCGGGGAGCGUCUGGAGGCCUCGAAAUCCCGGUUCGGAAACCGCGAAGAUCGCCAGAGAACGCGACCAAAAGCGGAUCAGAAGGAUCGCAUCGAGCCCAAAAAUAAAAAAAGAAGAGGAGCCAAAUGCAAGGUUUUUGAAAAGAAAAAUGUGGAGAAAAGUACGGACAAAGAAACCGAUGCAGCGAUAAACAAUGAAGCAAACUCAACUCCGUCUGCUACAGCUGAAAUCAAAGUUCAUCCAAACAGUGAAAAGGCGAAUCUCCGUUCUUCAGAAAAUGCCAAGUUUGGCGGAACAGGACAGAUGAAGGAUUACCAUCACUUCAAGGCAAAAGUAAAAAAACAGGAUAAUGCUUUGUUCGGCCUGCUUGGGAUGUAUGGUUCAGAUAGUGAAGAUGAGAGUGAAACGGAGAUUGAGAACCAAGAUCAGGAAGAUAUGCAAGUGAAAACCGAGAUUGAGAACCAAGAUCAGGAAGAUAUGCAAGUGAAAACCGAAUCUGAACCCAAAGAAAAGGAUGAAAUGCCUACGUCCAUCGUGGAAAAACAUUCCGUUUCUGAGACAUAUCAAGUGCCACAAAAUAAGCCUAUAUUCAAUGAGGAUUCGCAAACCAGCGAAAGCCAAACAUUUUCUAUUGAAAACGUUAACUCCUCCGAUAUAGUGCCUAGGGAAGACUAUGUUAAUGAAACUACUGACUCCAACUUAAGACCAGUUGCUAAAAAAGAAGUACAUUACUCCUCCGAUGAAGCACCGGAUGAAGUGCCCUUCCAGCGAGUCACUGAAACCAUUAGAGAGUCAAGUCCGCCUAAGGAGGUACCAAAAGAAAGCAAGCCCCAAACUGCUCCCAAAAGAGUAGCUCCAAAGCGAGUGUACGGAUUAAACUACAAGAGAUCACGCCAGCAAACGCAACAGAACACCAUGCUAUCAAAACUUCUAGAAUCGGAUAUACGGCAUGAAAGAAAUGUCCUGCUACAGUGCGUGCGCCAUGUUUGCGAAAAGAAUUUCUUUGGCAUUGGGCAAAGUAGGGAAGAAAAAGCGGUUUCGGCUUGUGAUAAAAAUAAUGAAAAGUUGGAUUCCAAUUGUGAUAAAAUAAUAGAUGUACCUCCACAUGUAUGAUUCAAUUUAGUUACUAAGAUACACAAUAAAGUAAAAGUAGUUGUUUGUUUAAAA